AUGGGAUGGCUCGGAUGGACGAUUGUGACGAUGGGUAGGAUGCAACAGCUCCAGGGCCAGGUCUUUGAGCUGAAGCAGCGACUGGUGGAAGCGGAGGUGAAGCGGCAGCCUUUUUGGCUUCAGUUCGGGUCCACAGGAGAUGCGGCGGAGAAGGACGCAAAGGAGUCUCAGAAUGGCAGGCAGCAGCUGGAACGCCGGCUUACGCUGACCCGCUGGUUGCUGGCAGCCGUGUCAUUUGUCCUGUUGCUGGCGAUAGGGGCGCUGGCAUGGGCCGAGCUGGAGUCGCCGCCACUGGGCACCAUGACCUUGGCCACAAUCACAUCUCCUGCUGGCGCUGGUCGCCUGCUGGGAGGUGCUGGCGGCGGUGACAGUGGGGGGGGUGUCCUGGGCACGUUGGUGGCACUCGUUGCGGCGGGAUCCGUCUCGGGCCCUUACGGCCCCAUACACAAGCCUGUGCCUACCAUUGCCUACCCCGGGGCUGAGGGUGCGCAGUCCACGUCACUGUCCAUGCGACCCACCGGUCCCAAAGCGGAUGGCGCCGUACCCAGCGUCAGUGCCCCAGCCCAGAAACCGCCGUACGACACGGGGAGCAUAUAUUUGAUGCCGGCCCCUGGGUGCCACCGCUACAGCCGGCCUAACUGGUCACUACGGAAAACCCUGUUAUCCCACCUACAGCAAGGCGCCGCAGUGGCUCCUUAUGGCGGUUCUCCCAGCUCAACCGCCACAAGCCCUGCAAUCCAGCCCUGA